AGGGUGCAUCGUGCUAUAGUUGUAACUCGUGUUUUUAGGCAUCAGCAACAAGGCUCAACCUUGCUGGUGUCAUGUGCUCAUAGGGGUAGUGGUACUUCGAUACGGCGAUCGGGAUGACGUUGCCACGCAGUCCCCUCCAAUCUAUCUAGAAUCUCAUCGGCGCUGGAUGUUGCCUCCCGCUCGCUAUCUUUUUGAGCCCAACGUUUCCUGAUUAACAGAAACCAACCUUUUGUCUAGAUCUCCCUUGCGUGCCCCUUAUCUCCUGUCUUUGGCCUGCACAAUUUUUGACAAGAUGGUUCGGAAGGAUCCUAUAUUUGAGGCCCGUACAAAUGUCAAGUUACACUCCAAUCGAUUGAAAAAGGAGGCCGCCCGCGCCGAAGCAACGUUCAAAUCCGAGAAAGCAAAGGCGGACAAGGCCAUGAAAAAUCGUGAAUUUCAGAUCGCCCGCAUUCAUGCUGCCUCUGCUGUACGUGAGAAACGCAGACAAGUGACACUUAAAGCGGAGGCUGCCCGAGCGGAUGUCAUCAUCAACGAGCUCAAGGCUGCGCAGAGCACUCGGGACACCUCGCGGACGCUUGCAUUGGCAUCACGGGGCUUGGAUGCGGCGUCCAAGAGCGUGAACCUUGAAAGCUUGGUCUCUCAUGCAAAUAAUUUUCUGGCACGCUCUGAAGAUUUUAAGAUCGCUAGCAAUGCGAUCGAGGAUGUUGCACAAGGCGUCUCUUUGCGGGAAAACGGGGCGGAGGGUGAAGCCGAUGUGGAUCGCCUGAUGGAGCAACUUGCUGAUGACGCCGGUGUAGACCUACGGAUGGCUUUGGAGCAGGAUACUGUCCCUAAGGAGGACGUUAAGGUUCCAAAACAGGCCGAUUCUGAGCUCGAGGAUGGCUUGGAUGCUAGGCUACGGGCGCUCAGGGCGACCAACUGAAAUCUACCCUGCAUCUCUCUCUCUCUCUUUUAUACUUUCGCAUUGCCGUGUUCGUUUUUAUUCUUCCAUCUCAGGCGAACUACAGGAGUAAUGAAC